AAGUACGAUCAAAUUUUAAAAUGAAUAUAGAUUCUAGAAUUAUUAGUCCAGAUCACGCAUUUUUAAUUGGUAAUUUAAUUAAGAUAACGAGACAAGAUGAUAGUGACAUUUUUUAUGAUUUCAAUUUACUCGUACGAGGAAGUAGAGAUGGAUUUGAAUCUGAAAAUUUUCAUAAAUUAUGUGAUGAAAAAGGACCAACAAUUACUGUUAUUAGUGUUAAAAAUACAAAUGAAAUACUUGGAGGAUUUAAUCCAUUAAAUUGGUUAUCGAAUAGUGUUGAAUAUGUUGAAACUGAUGAAAGUUUUAUUUUUUCUUUUGAUAAAAACAAAUUAACAGAUUUUAUAUUUAGUAAGGUCGUUGAUGGUAAAUACGCGAUAUAUAAUAGAAGUAUUGGACCAGAUUUUGGGCAUAAUAAUUCAGAUUUAAGGUUAAUAUUAAAUAGUAAAGAAGGUCAAUGUUAUAAGAAUAGUUAUAAAAAAUUGAUUAGAAAAAAUGAAGGGACAUUUGAAAUAGAUGAUUAUGAAAUUUUUCAAAUUAUAAAUAAAUCGACUUAAAAGAGAAUAAUUUUAUUUACUGUAAAAU